UUGUGCGGCAGUACUACGAGGUGCAGGUCUACGACGAGUUCGUCAUCAGCGGGAACACGGCGGUCAUCAAGUGUCACGUGCCCUCCUUCGUCAGGGACUACGUCAGCGUCACCUCUUGGGUCAGGGGCAACGGCGAGCGUAUUGUCUCUGAUGUUCUCACAGGUGGACGGUACUCGGUGUUCGGGACGGGCGAGCUCCACAUUCGUCACGUCACCAAGGCUGACGAGUUCCAGUCGUACCACUGCGAGACCCAACACGUCCUCACUGACGAGACCACCAUCUCUGCUGUCGCUGGCAGGUUGAUGGUGAACGAGCCGAGGUCGUCUGUGCCGCCAAGGAUCACAGACUCCCGCUCCGGUGUCACCGCCACCAUCAGACGGACAGUGGAGCUGCCGUGCGCCGCCCAGGGCUUCCCCAUCCCCCACUACCAGUGGCAUCGGAUGUUUGGGGAGGAGGAGGUGGCGGUGGUUCAAGACGGGCGCAUCCAGCAGGUGGGCGGGUCGCUCCUCAUCCGUCAGGUCACCGCCGCAGACGCUGGCAGAUACGUGUGUGUGGUGUCGAGCAGCGUGGGUUCGGAGAAGACCCACACCAAGCUGGAGGUGUGGGCGCCUCUCACCGCCCACAUCAGCCCACAAGUUCAAACGGUGGACGUGGGCGGCGUGGCCACCUUCAACUGCUCCCCCGAGGGCUUCCCACAGGACACCGUCACCUGGAUCAAGGACGGGGAGCCGCUGGAGACGGGCGGACGGGUGCGCCUGGUGGGGCAGCGGACGGUGGUGGUGGACGACGUGCGACGGGAAGACCGCGGCAUGUACCAGUGCCUAGUCUCCAACACGGAGGGGUCCGCGCAGGGAUCUGCGCAGCUCAAACUUGGAGAUGCGGCGCCGCAGCUAGUGGACACGAGCGGGCCGCAGGUAGUGUCCCCCGGGGCCCGGGUGGCUCUGGUGUGUGUGGUGCAGGGGUCGCCGCCCCCGUCACUCUCCUGGACCAUGCGAGGGCUCCCCGCCAUCACCGCUGACCCUAGGAUCAACGUCGAGCAGAAGGUGGAGGGAGACCAGGUGGUCAGUCGUCUCAACAUCAGUAGCGUGCGGGUGGAGGACGGAGGCCAGUGGAGGUGCUUGGCGGAGAACCGGGCGGGCCAGGUGGAACACAUGGGCCGCCUCAACGUCCGUGGACCUCCGACUAUCCGGCCCAUGCGGCCCAUUAGCGUGGUGGCCGGCAGGACCGCCUCCUUCCACUGUGUGGUAGCCGGCUUCCCCAUCGACUCCAUCUAUUGGGAGAAGAAUGGAGUGGUGCUGCCGGUGUCAGAGCGUCAGGAGGUGCUGGCCAACGGUACGCUGGUGGUGCGCCAGGUGUCCCGCGAGGCCGACGGAGGACAGUACACUUGCGUCGCCUCCGCCGGGGAGAACACUGCCAGAGCCACUCUCCAGGUCAAUGUUAUGGUGCCGCCCCAGAUAGACAAGCGGAUGAUCUCACUGGGCUCAGGAUUCCCUGCCAAGUCUCGCGCUAGGAUCAUGUGUGUGGUGGAGCGAGGAGACUUGCCUCUGUCCUUCGCCUGGACCCACGACGGCCGCCCUCUCUCCCCAGGGCCCACCAUCUCCGUCAGGUCCCUGGACGAGUACACCAGCGUGCUGCUCUUCACCUCCCUCCGCCAGGAGGAUGGCGGCAGGUACACCUGCACCGCCACCAACGCUGUCGCCUCUGAUGCCCAGACUGUCCACCUCGUGGUCAAAGUGGCUCCGUCUUGGAAAGUGGAGCCUGAGGACGCAUCAGUAGUUGUGGGAGCAGACCUCCUGCUGCCCUGCACCGCCCACGGCUCGCCCACGCCCACCAUCACCUGGCGGAGGGCCCAGGGCGCCGUCCCUAGACAGUACCGACCCGUCAGCACCCUCGGUGAUAACGUCAGGGUGGAGCGGAACAGCAGCCUGACUGUACGAGGGAUCAGGAGGAACCAGGGCGGCGAGUUCCUCUGCAGCGCCUCCAACGGUGUCGGCUCCGAUCUCUCCAAGUCCGUCACCGUCACUGUCAAGGUUCCGCCACAGUUCGUGGAGCGAGAGGAGAACGUGACGGUGACGGCGGGACGACGCGCCCACCUGGUGUGUGAGGCGCGGGGAGACCUGCCCAUCACCACCAUCUGGUCCUCGGGCAACCCUCCUGCCAGGCUCUCAAACGACGUGAGGAGCGGGGGCCUGAGUAUCAAGGAGACCAUACUCAAUGCUUCGUCGACACCCCCGUCGACGUCCACUACCAUCUCCUCCUCCUCUUCCUCCGGUGAACCCUCGCUUGGUGGAGGCGUAGAAGGUUACAGGUCGGUGAUGAGCGUAGCCACCAAGUCUCGUCAUGACUCUAAAAUCUUCUACUGCCUCGCCUCCAACGUCUACGGCAACGACACUAAGAAAGUCAACUUGAUUGUACAGGAGGUGCCGGGAACACCGGGGUCCCCACGGGUGGUUGAGAGUGGUUCUCGGACCGUGAACAUCACCUGGGCCGCCCCCACCCACGACGGCAACUCCCACAUCUCCAUCUACAGGAUCCUCAUCAUCAACAGCACAGACUCGUGGAUGAACGUUGGUAGGAUCAAGACGGUGGAAGUGGCGACGCCUUUAGCCCACAUUUCUGGUCUGGCCCCCGCCCACGCCUACCUGAUGAGGGUCGUGGGCGUGAACUCUGUUGGCACCUCGCAGCCCAGCCCGGAGGUGCGGGUCACCACUGCCCACGAGCCGCCCACCAUGCCGCCCACCAAUGUCCGGGUUAUACCCAUCUCCUCCACCAGCCUUAGAGUCACCUGGCAGCCUCCAGAGACCGUCAUGUCCCACCGCCACGGGCUAGGUUACUACGUCGGGUACAGGGUGGCCAACUCGUCAGAGCCUUACCGCUACCAGAACCUAGAACCCUCCGCCGCCGCCCUCUACCGCCCAGAGGCGACGCUGAAAAGUUUGCACAAGUUUACUAGUUACGAUGUGACUGUGCAGGCCUUCAACUCCGCCGGGGCGGGGCCCAGGACUGCGCCAGUCACCGCUGCUACUGAAGAAGACG